CCCCAGGGUCUCCAGAAUCCCCAAACAAAAAGGGUUAAAGCAAUUUUCCUCAUUAUCAUAUCUCGCGGGGAGAUUCUAAGUCAAUUUAAUAUUAGUGAAAUUAGUGAAAACAUUGCCUUCAUUAUCUUCGGGGACUCAUAUAAUUCACAGUUUGUAAACUGGAAUGGAAGCAGGCCCCAUAAGUCUUCCUUAAUACACACAGUUAUAUAUUAUCCACGACCUCAGGCACAUCGUACAUGCGUGCCUCCGUUUGUUAUUCUAUGAUUUUCUUUUUAUUCGGUUUUGUUUUGACAAAGGAAGUACAAACAGGGGAGUAAACGGAGGGGUAGGGAGGCUCCCGGAGAGUUUUUACACACUGGGUAAUUAAGCGCUUUGACUGACAGCAGAGUGCCAAAAGGCGCAGACGCAGUCCGAUUUUACAAUCUCCUCUUGUUUCCGAGCUCCGCACCACCAGAGCGCUUUACCUCCCCAAACUCUCGUAGGAGCCAGACGCACCAGAGGAGCGCGACAGGGCUGCAGCCAGAGAAGACUGCCUCUGGACUUUACCCAAACCCGAAACUCAACACAUUUUACGCACGUCGAUCAACCGAGCUCCGCGCUUCUUCUGCAUUUGUUUUUUCUUAUUAUUCCGAUUUUCUUCAUGAAGUGAGUCUUUUGGUUCGCUUGUCUGAGUUACGCUGUGAGUUACUUUAUUGUUGCAAAAAAAAGAAAGAAAAAAGAAAGAAAGAAAGAAAGCAUGAGGUCUACUUCUGAACCGGUUUGGAGGAUGAUCCGCCUGGCUGUGACAGUGGCGCUCGUGUCAGCAUGCAGAGCGACAGAGUACGAGUACCUGGGCUGGAAGUCGGACACGUACAACGGCGGGCGCAGCUACGGCAAGCCUCCCCAGUGCGUGGACAUCCCGGACGACAUGCGGCUCUGUCACAACGUCGGCUACAACCAGAUGCUGCUGCCCAACCUGCUGGAGCACGAGACCAUGGCCGAGGCGAAGCAGCAGGCCGGCAGCUGGGUGCCUCUGGUGCACAAGAACUGCCACCCGGGCACGCAGGUCCUCCUCUGCUCGCUCUUUGCGCCCGUGUGCCUGGAGCGGCCCAUUUACCCGUGCCGAUGGUUGUGCGAGGCCGUGCGGGACAGCUGCACCCCUAUCAUGGAGGCGUUCGGCUUCCCCUGGCCGGAGAUGCUCACCUGUGACAAGUUUCCCCAAGACGACGUGUGCAUCGCCAUGACGCACCCCAACGCGACCGAGGCCACCAAACCUACAGGUUACUCUCCCAUCUGCCCUCCAUGUGACAACGAAAUGAAAACAGACGCCAUGCUGGAGCACAUGUGUGCCAGCGAGUUCGCUUUCAAGACCAAGAUCAAAGAGGUGAAGCGAGAGAACAUGGACCGCAAGGUGAUCCUGCAGAAGAAGAAGAAGAUGUUGAAAGCAGGGAGCCUCAAGAAGAAGGACAUGAAGAAGCUGGUGUUGUACCUGAAGAAUGGUGCAGACUGCCCCUGCCAGCAGCUGGACAACCUGGGGAACCAGUAUCUAAUCAUGGGCCGCAAGGUGGAUAAGCAGUACCUCCUCACGGGCAUCCACAAGUGGGACAAGUCCAGCAAAGAGUUCAAAAAGGCCAUCAAGAAACUCAAGACCCACAAAUGUCCUGCCUUCGAGAACGUCUUCAAAUAAUAUGACCUCUGCCUCCUUUGGCCGCAUCUCAUGCUACAUAUGAACUUGCACAAGCAUUAAAAUCCCAAACUUUGCUUUCUAUCAUCCUGUUUAUAUCUAUAUAUCUUUGUAUAUUUACAGAUAUAGUUUGAAAUGUCCAUUGUUAAGUUUUAGUUAAAUGUGGUGAGUGAUGACUCCACAAAUUAAAGGGUUGGGUAUCCUUUUUUUCUUCUGCUUAAGAAAAGGACACUAUAGUAAAAGCCCUCCCACACUGAAUCAUAAUUUCCACUAUAUGUAUGUAGAUACUUUGUUACACUCUUCCAUCCUACAGGUCAGUGGACUCUGCUUUAAGGGAUAGUUCCACAUUUUAAUAAAUAUACUUGUUAGCUUUCUUGCCGAGAGUAAAAAUGAGAAGAAGUUUUUAUGCCAAAUAUGAAGCAAGAGCCAGCAGACAGUUAGCUUAGCUAACUAGAAACAGCUAGCCUGGCUCUGUCCAAAGAUUUAAAAAAACAAGAAUUAUGUCUUUAUAUAUACAUACAUACAUUUGUUUAGAUUAAGCAAAUUAAUUAUAAAGUGUUAUAAUAUGUGAGCUUUAGAGGUGCAGGUAGAUUUUUUUAUAAUUGUUAGGACAGAGCCACGCUGUUAGCCCUGCUACCAGGUCUCCAUGUUAAGCUAGGCUAAUGAUUCUGCUGGUCAUCACUUCAUAUUAAUUGUACAGAUACUGUAUAAGAGUUGUUUAACGGCAUCUAACAAUUCGCAGGAAAGAAAAUAAGCACACUUCCCAAAAUGUCCAACGAUUUCUCUAAAUCUUUCUCAUUCUGAUCAUAAAAUAAUAAAUCAUUAAAUUGAUGAUUAGACUACAGAAUUGGCAGUUGCUGGUAUUUUGAGCUUUAAAAAGCCACACUGUGGAGAGCAGCAUCAGAUAGGUUUCCUGUUGAAUAACUUAUUGACAGAAGUAUGAGAAAGUGCUGCCGUCAGCUCCUUGUUUUGUAAAGCUAAAGACUGCACUACCAAUGAUUUUGAUCGUUUCCUUUCCAUCGCUUGAUUUCACUGUUCUUUUUGUUACUUGAAAAAUCUUUCAUCUGCAUCACAAGAUAAUAUAUAUAUAGGCCCAUGGCAGAAUAGUCUGAUUUCCAGUCAUGUGUUGUCACCUGACAUUUGGCCAAAUAUUUCAACACAUUUCUUUCUCUCCAGAUUCAGUCUAAUUGCAGAAAUCAGUAUUCCUCGGUAAUGGAAAAUUCCUCGCAGCUUCAUUUUUUAAAAAUGCAAAAAGUAUCAAAGUGCAAAUAUUGCAAAAUCUGUGUUCUGGUGUGUUUUGCUUGGUGUUGCUGGUCCGUUUUAGCACUAUUUUGUUUCAUGAUUUGAAUGUCAGUGGUACAUUGCUGCCUAUUACAUGUACAUACAAAUUUUACAUAAAUAUGGAAAAACUAAA